UAAUAAUAAAAACGGAAACGGGAGGCAGGUUCAGCCCAUUUCUGGAUGGAGGCGAGUGCUUAAGAGCCGGUGGAGUGGCUGCUGCUGGUGUUGUGGGACCGUGGUGCGACUGGUCAGAAAGCGGUAACUAUUUCUGCCUCUGCCGCGUCGUUUCCCCCCCCCCCCCUCUGCCUUGGAGAUUUGUGCCGUGAGGAAAAACAGGACAGGACAGCUUCACCGCAUUGCUAUUCGAGCCCCAGUGACCCCCCGAGAGAGGGAGUUGCCUUUAGUUAGCAGCGAACACCCGGCUACAUCCAUGCGAGUUCAAAAACAGGUGUACGGUUUCAUCACACGGACGCAGUGCUAGCUUACGAGCCGUUGUAGCUCGCUAAUUCUGCCCGCGUGAGGACUUCAGUCAUUUCUCAUGGACGAGGCUGUUUACCUGACGACAUGUUGCGGAAUUAGUCGAGGAAAACGGCUGUAGUUUAACGGAAAGUGUGUCCCCCUGCAAAAGAUCAGUAAGAAGUGCUCUUCAAUAUGAAUACAGAUAGCGGAGGAACCGCUCGCCAUAGCGUGGCCUUGUCACUCAAACUCUCUCCCAUGAAGAGGGUCCAGAGCUCACCAAAUCUAGGAUCAGGGAGUGAUUCUCACUCAUCAGAUUUGGAUUCUUGGCGGUCACGCAGCGCAACAGAUGGCCUUAAGAACGGAGACGCUGGCAGCUCAUCUCUUGCUGCUAAAGGCUUUCGUAGUGUCAGACCCAACCUACAGGAGAAAAAGUCAACAACGCAGGGGCCACCCUCCCCUGAUCCCAUGGCACGGCACUCCCCCUUUCGCUGCCACAGCUCAGAAUCACUCGACUACCCAUCAGGCCUAAUGCCCAAGGCUCUGUCGCCCACCCCGUACGUUCCUAGCGGAGCAGGCAGCACAGUCGGUGCAGUCAGCGGGCCGAGUUAUGCCGCAGUCAGCAGCGCGAGCACCGGUGCCUUUGUGUCACCCUCGGCCUCUCCCGUGACGGUGUCAGCUCUCAGCCACUACUCGUCGUCCACGGCAGGUCUGCUGGAUGAGCUGCAGAUCUGUAGCCUGGACUCACCCGGCGCCUCACCCACGCCAUCGCCCACCCUCAGCCAUGUCUCCACCUACACAUCCACUGCUGGCCCCGAUGAUGCGCUAACAACCUGUGUGGCCACCACUGCUGCAGCAGCCACUGUCACUAACGGCCAGGUCCUCUCUCACGCGAUGAAUGGGAGUACGAGUCAUCCACAGAGGCCCCUUUCUCCACCGUCCUAUCCUCCUCCACCCUCCUCUCUCCACACUGGGCUCCCAAGACAGAGCAGGAGUUCAGAGGGCAGUGAGACCAUUACGAGAGAGUCUGUGGUGUCAGGCCACACCAGCGUCAGCAGUACCGUGCCCAUCGCCCACUUCACAGAAGAAGAGAAAAAGGUGUCCGUCAUUAAAGCUCCUCAUUAUGAAGGGAUCGGCCCUGUGGACGAGUCUGGCAUCCCGAUCGCCAUCCGCACGACGGUGGAUAGGCCAAAGGAUUGGUACAAGACAAUGUUCAAACAGAUCCACAAGGUUCACAAAGCAGAUGACGACUACUCUGAUACAUACAAUGCCACAUAUGCUGUCAUAAACAAUGAUGACUACAGCCUGUCAUCCAGCACCACUAUGGCCCACCCUGCUCCCAGGACUCACACGUACAGGCCGCUCGCCAAAAGCCCCUCAGACAACGGAGGGCAUCCGGCGCCAAGGGAGCCGUCUCCAUCCCCUGUACCUCCACCUCCUCCACCCAUGCCAUCUCUCCUCCAGCUGAGGGCCAGAGACAGCGACCGAGAGAAAGAUUUGCCUGACUCGAAUGAGUGGGGACCUCCAAACAGGAAAGUGGACACACGAAAGUACCGCGCAGAGCCGAAGAGUAUUUUUGAGUAUGAGCCAGGAAAGUCCUCUAUUUUGGAGCAUGAAAGACCAACCUAUGAUGACAUAGAUUUAGAGAACGAGCCUUGGUAUAAGUUCUUUUCCGAGCUGGAGUUUGGGCGGCCGCCUCCUAAAAAACGACUGGAUUAUAAUCCAGACAUCUCCGCUCGCCAACGCAUUGAGACUUCCCUGCACAUCGCUCCUGCUGACAAGAUUCCAGAGAGACCUGCGAGCGCUGCCAGUGACUACAGGAAGAGAAGGAAGUCGGAGCCAUCCAGCUCUCAGGCAAAUGCUCAGUCUCAGAGCAGAACUGUAACGUCCCCUAAACCGGUGGAUGCCUACAGGCCGAGCAGCAGCCUAAAGAAACCUGUGGUUCGUUCCUCUCCAUCCUCACCAUCCAGAGCCAAAGACCAGGAUGUCUCCAGGAGUUAUUCCACUAUGGAUGGACGACACACACCCCAGAGUAGAAGACCUACUCCUGAUAGAGAGGUCUCCCAUAAACAGAUGACACAACUUAUUCUGUUCUCUCUCCUCCAUCAGAAACAGCCUGCAAGAGCCAUUUAUGAUUUUAAGGCACAAACAGCUAAGGAGCUGUCAUUUAAGAAGGGUGAUGCAGUGAACAUCAUCCGGCAGAUAGACAAUAACUGGUACGAAGGAGAGCACCGUGGACGAGUUGGCAUUUUUCCCAUGUCAUAUGUAGAAAAGAUGCCCUCCACAGAGAAGCAGCAGCCAAUUCGUCCUCCUCCACCAGCACAUGUGAGAGAGAUUGGAGAGGCAAUAGCACGCUAUAACUUCAAUGCUGACACUAAUGUGGAGCUUUCUCUCAGAAAGGGUGAGAGAGUCAUCGUUUUAAGGCAGGUGGACCAGAACUGGUACGAGGGUAAGAUCCCAGACACAACCAAACAGGGAAUCUUUCCUGUGUCAUACGUUGACAUCAUCAAGCGUUCACCAUCCAAGAGCUCCACCCACCACAUCGACCCACAUGGUUAUUCAGGCAGCAGGACACCGAGCUCUACACCCAUCAAGCCUUUCUACCAUCUACCUCCAUCCUCCUACACUCGUGACCCCCCCUCCCCUCACCCCUCAGUGAGAAGGCAUGACCUGCAGGCCAUCACCAAUGAGUGGCUGUCCCUCACAUUGGAUCCUUCAUUGUCCACUCCAACCCACUCGCUUACAAACACCCCCAUACCCCCAACACCACCUCCACUACCCUCAGACCUCGCACCUUUCCUAAAGACUCAUGAGACCAGGUCACUCUCACCUGCUCCGUCACAAAGAGGCUUUGCCCAGCUACCACAGACAUUUUCCAAGGCUCCUUCUUUUAGAGAAGGGAGACCCGGUUUAGGUAACAUGGCAGCUGCUUCAGUUUUCUCCCAGCCAACACCACCAUCCCCUCCUCCUCCCCCUCCUCCUCUUCCUCCACCUCUUCCCCCUCCUCAUUCCUCAUUUAACUCACCACUGCCCCACUCUUCACUGCAGUACCACAGUGGCAAAGGAAUAGACCAAACAUUACACAUUUCUAAGCCAGAGGUUUUUCUCUGCUCAGCGGCCGAGCCAAUAAAAUCACCAGCACAGGCUCCUCAGCGGCACAAGUUAAAAGUGCAAGAAAACCAAAGCAGCAGAAUCCCUGACGUUAGUCUGCAAGUAAAAGACCCUUAUGAUGAACUCUUAUUAAUGAUUCUUGAUGAAUUUGCCAGCACAGGCAUAACUGAAACUUCUACAUCAUCUGCUGUAGUCCCCCCACCAUCAUCAUCAUCAUCAAAAACCAGUUUAUCACAGAGCAAGUUUAAGCUAAAAGCAGAAGAACCGUAUCAGCUAGACAUUACUGAAACUUCUGCAUCAUCCGCUGUAGUCCCCCCACCAUCAUCAUCAUCAAAAACCAGUUUAUCACAGAGCAAGUUUAAGCUAAAAGCAGAGGAACCUCAUCAGCUAACAGUGAAACCCUCAGCAGACUCUCCAUCAAGUGACAUAGCAGGAAACACUCGAUUAGAGGCACACUUUCACAAGCCUGCUAUGAUGGAGCCACUUUCCCUCUCUUUUGAAAGCCAGCUUAAGUCUCUGAGUGAGACAUCAGUGGAAUCUGAGAGACCACCAUCAGUGAAAGGAAAGGGAUUUACUGAAUUGUUCAUUGAGGAAGAAGAUGAAAGUAUAGAAGACAAAGAGGAGGACAUUAAAGACAUUCAUGAGAGACUCAGUCCACAGGCAGAUGUCUCUCCUUCCAUUCUGACACAACUUCCUCCCCCAAACCUCCCCACAACCUCCAUAACACCUCCUCCAGCUUCAUUACCUCAUCCUACUCCUUCUUCUACUUCUUCUUCUCCUUCUUCUUCUCCUUCUCUUUCUUCUGCUGCUUCUGCUGCUGUCACUGCAUAUUCCUCUUCUUCCUCCCAUUCACAAGGGCAGGAUCGUACCACCAUCCCUCCCUCUCCCCCUGUCUCUCCCCGGCCAUCCCUCCCUCGCCUAAUGACCUCACCACUACCUCCACUCUCUCCCACUCCACCUGUCUCGCCCCCUCCUCUCCCCUCCUCCCCCAACAUCCCCUCACAGCAUUCUGUCUCAGGCUCUACCUGUCCUUCUCAUCCAGUCACAUCCUACCCUGAUUCAGAUUCAGCUUUUCUCCUAUCUGCCCUGCCACCCCCUAAACCUCCCUCUCCUCCCCUCACCACCCCACGCUCUCCCCCAACUCCUCCCACUGUACCCCAUCACGGACGUAGGUCUCCCAAGGUGAAGGAUCCAGUUGUGGGUGGUAAACCUCCUCGUAGCCCCAUCUUGUCCAGGAGGUCCUAUAUGUCCCCCAUUAGAGGUCGACGGCGAUUAGUACAGGAUGCGCUCCAGGGUGGAGGAGAUCCGUACCAGGCCGUGUACAACUACCUUCCUCGAAACGAGGACGAGCUAGAGCUGAGGGAGGGUGACAUCGUGGACGUAAUGGAGAAGUGUGAUGACGGCUGGUUCGUUGGGACCUCUCGGAGGAGCAAGUUGUUUGGAACCUUCCCAGGAAACUACGUGAAGCAGCUAUAAUGACGAUUCCAGACUCCCCUUCUGGCCCCGCCUUUCUCUGUGACACUUCAUCACCCUCAGCACAGCACCCGCAGGACCCCACCUCCCAACACCGAACCCCUGAGACCCGUCGCACGUUUUUGUGUUUGCGUGUGUGUGCGGCUGGUCGGCUUCAUACAGACAGAACAUUUAGCUCUAACUAGCCAUCUUUAAUGGAAGACUUCUAUAAGAUAAUAUUGUUUUAUAAUCUUAUCUUCUAAUCCUUAUUUUUCUAUCAAGAAGAACCCAAACUUUGUGCUCCAGUGAGCAACCUUCAACUUUUGACAGUUUAGGAAGGAAAUCAAAGCAAACACUCACUGACAGAAAAAAGGGCACUGCAGCAACGCUUUUCUUUUCUGUUAAAGGGCAGUAAUUAUGAUCAUGUUUUUUUAUUUGUCUGCACAUUCAGAAACACUUGUUACAUUUCAUUCAGUGUUUAAUCACCAAGACAUUCAGUGCAGAGAGUGACGCAAAGCAGUAUUCUGUCAGCAGGUCUGGUUUAUAUGAACUGCAUUGAAGGGAUUGCAGCCAUGCAGCGAAUAUUUCAGGUAGAGGGAUUUUAGUUACAGCGUGUUCUAACAGCACGUGACACAAGCAAGCAGCAACAAAUCAGCUUCAUUCAUUUAUUUAAUUGGCAAUAGUGCAGAUGUCGUCCCAUUUCUAUUUUCCUCUGGGUCUCAAGCGUUGACAGUGAUGAAAAAUGAGGGAGAUGACAGAAAUCAGAGUGUCUAAUAGGAAGAUUUUCUUAAUUUUCUCCCAUUUUUGUCACUCAACAGAGCUUAUUAGAUUGUGGAGAAAGUGAUGCAUUAAUUAUAUCCAUAACUGUGUUUGAGAUAUUACCUGCAAUUUCCACAUACUCUGCAGUCUCUGCAGUGUUGCCUGCACAUGCAGAUUUUGCUCUGUCCAUUAGCACACAGCCUCAUCUACACACUGUUUCUGAAGCAAUGCACAGCACAGUGCUUUCCUGAUCAUCUUGAGGUUGAUUUGCUGUUCCUUUCUACAGUAUUCUGUCUUUUUUGGCUUCCACUGUGGGUGAGUAACUCAGGAAGUUAAAAGGUUUGUGUUUACUGGAAAGGAUGUAUUUCUGUAGUUUUUCACCUCAUAAAUCAACUUCUUUUCGUCCACGGUGUUGCAUUACCUUUGUAACCCUCUGAUUAACUGAUGAACUUGGUGCGUGCCAAGUUCAUGCACCACACUGAGUCUGUUUUUAGUCUUGGACAGGUUUUUUCGGGUCCCUAAUCGGAUGAAAAAUGUCACACACUCAAACUUUGCAGUUUGGGAUGUUUAUGUUUUUUACUCAGAAUAAACAUUAUAAAAAAAAACACUGGGUCCAUCUGGACAGAGAUCUUCAUAUGGGCUUUUGCACAAGCUUUUGUGUCACAGCGCUGCACCAAGUAGGAAGGAAAAAGUGCAACAUUUCAAUUGAGACUCUUUGUUGUGUGUCUGUGAUUAUAGUUUUUGGCCUUUAUCUACCAUGUUCCACUGUUGAUAUCCACAUAAUACAUGGAAAAAUCACAUUGUUUCAAGUGAAGUUUCAGUGUGAGGGAGAGAGAGAAAGUGAAUAGAGCUGCAGCUGCUGCUCUGAAUACAGAUAUGAAAAACACAAAAAAAGUCAAACGCGUUCCAGAAAAAGUAAUGAUGUAGGAAAGUCUUGGAGUCAAUGUCAUCGCUGUUUGGUGCAUGUCUUCACCCACUCUCUUUUCCCAUGUGUCCUGUCUCUAUUCAGCUGUCCUGUCCAGGCAAAAUGCCUCAAAAUAAUAACCUUAAAACACAACAUAUGACCGGACUUCUUCUAUAAUGCAGGAAAAGGGGAUGAAAAAAAAGGACUCAGUGUGCAAAGGCCUUGACAAUCAGGACUCCAUAUAUUGUGCUGUAUUUUAAAAUUGGCCAGAUUAUUUUUCUGUUGUGGGUUGAUAUACUGUGCGUGGAUUAACACAUUAUGGCAGCUAAAGCACUAAAGAUCGACUGUGUAUCUUGAGCAGAACAGAUCGGCCAGAACGUGUGCUGUGGAAUUGCAACGACCGACUAGAAAGAGAGCAGUUUGGCCCAGAGUGCACCUCAGGUGGAUUGCAAUAAGACAGAGUAUGUGGAAUUUGAGGUUUAGACUCUGUUCAAAUGAAGGAAAAACUAUUCGGCUCACUUUCUUCAAAAGCUUGUGAUUUCAAAGCACCAAACAUCUGUUUCUUCACUUUCAAAAUAAAGCACUAGAUGUCACACUUAAAGGAGAAAACUUUAAAUCACAGAGCAUUAAAUAAUUCUUGGAUGUUCAAAAUCCAAUGCUGCAUGUUGCAAUGCAACAAACAUCAGAUCCUCACGUGCUGGUAGGUCACAGUGUUACAUGUGGAACAGAUUAUCCUGCAUCAUUGUCGUGUGUUAACGAAGGUUCAAAAUGGUUGAAUUUCAAAAAUGUCUUACUACAAAGCAUUUAUUUUGAUAUGGCUAACUGGGAGAACUUUACUGGCACACUGUUGUUCAUGCUGUCUAACACAAAUGAUUUAACAUUUAGGUGUAGAAAACACAAGCAUAUUUUAAGUUCCAUUACUUCACUCUAGGAAUGAUGCACUUUAACACAACUUUGUGUUUGUUUUAUCUCAAAUUCACUUCAGAUUUUAAAACUACAAGUCCAAAUGGCUUUGAGGGUUCACUGACAGCGGUCAUGUUUGAAAAGUGUAUGCAAAAAAAAAGUUGCCAACCUUUUAGUUUUGUUAUAUUUAUUGGAGGAUGAGUGCUGGCCAAACUGGUGAUUUCAGAAAGGAUGGAACAACACCAUUUUCAACAAAAGCAGACUCACGUUGAAGGAUUAUUUUAUUAUUGAGUUUCAUUUUCAAAAUUACAAAUAAGAUAUUUUUAUGGGUUAUGAUCAUGCAAGGUGUCAUGAUGUUUUAUGUUGAAGUAUUUAAGUCAGACGCAGGAUGAAAAGGCUUUUUAUCAGGAGCUUUGGUCAUGAAACUGCAGGUUUUUCAACAGAUGUUGAAGGCAUCUUUUAACCCUGUUGUCAGAGUGUUCCACUGUUUUCUGUAGGUAUUUACUAUAAGGAUUUAUUUCCAUGUUAUCUUGUCAUAUUCAGUGAAUAUUUGAUCCUUUUUUUUUUGUUUAUUUUUCUCAUGUUUCACAUAGGAUGGACACUGACAAUGAAAGAAUUGUUGAAGCACCUUAAGAUAUAUUUUGUUUUCUCAUUCACUCAUCAUACGUCACAUCCUGUCAUCCACCGUUUGAGCUGGAGUGAGAUCACUUUGAGUGUGUCUGUUGGUGUGUGCGUGUGUUUUGUAAGUCUUUUGUAUGAGAGCUGUAAAAUGGCCAACAUCCACUUUGCUUUAUAAAGUCAGCUUUUUCUCACCCACCAUCA